AUGGUUGCAGACGACGUUCGCGUGAGCCUCUCCCCAAGAACGGGAUUUGCUGGGAUGGAUGCCGGCCCUGCCUACAGGAUGACGCUGCCUGUGGGCCUGACCCCGUCUUUAUGGAUGGUUACCGUGGGAGUCAGCUGCAAUGUGCUGCAGGAUGCAUUGAAGCGAUACGAGCAGAGCAAGGCCAUCCCGUGUGCGCGCUAUUAUUAUUUAAGGCGAACCAGCGGCUCGGCUCCCAAGUUCGGACCCGCCGUGGUUGAGCAAUCUGAUGCUGUUGGCGAUUCCGGGGCUGCCUUCUUACAUCAGCACCUUCAGUGCGCCGUGUAA